GCCAUGUUUAUAUCAUUGCAUUUUGGAUUUCUUUCCGCCACUUUGUAACCGCGGUGGGAAUUAUAUAUUCUAGAGUGAGUGUAACGCUGUGGCUGUUUAAAAUUUGUGAAUACAUAUCAAUUUUGAUUAGCAAUGAAGAUGGGGAAAAAAGUUAGAGAAUAUAAAGCGGGAGACUUUAUUUUCGCUAAAGUGAAAGGAUAUCCAGCAUGGCCUGCAAGAGUACAACGGCCAAAUGGAAAGAAAUACUUUGUGUAUUUUUAUGGGACGGCUGAAACAGCGAAUCUACCACCAAAUAUGAUUUUCGAUUACGCCGAGAAUAAAGAUAAAUUUUUAACUAAAACAGUUAAACGGCGAGAUUUUAAUGAUGGCGUUAAACAGAUCGAAUAUGACUUCGCUAAUAAUGUUCCGCUGGAGCAGGUUGUUGGUUCAUCUGCGGCUGAACCAACAAACAAUGAAACGCAUGAAGAUGACUCGGCCCUUGACACAACGGCUGAUGACACGGUGGCGGAUGAGUCGACGCUUAAUAUGACACAGAAUGACACUUUAGCUGACGAAUCGGACGUUGGAUUAGUUAUUGACGAAAUUAAGGUGAAAGGUAAAAAGUCGAUAAAAUCAGCAAAGGAAACGCCGAAGAAGGAAGUAAAAACACCGAAAGCGAAGAAGAACGAGGAAGAAGAGAAGAAGGACGAGGAGGUUGUUAGUAGAAGCGGAAGGAAGAUCAGGCCUAAGAGAUACAUAGACGAACACACAGAGGAGAACACGGCGUUGCAAUCCCCAGUUGUGAAGAAGAAGCGCGCGCCUUCACCGGCUCUGGAAAAGGAGGCGAAGAACGAGGUGUUGAAAAACUUUAAUGUUACCUCACAGUCAGAGCUUGAAGAACUAAAAGAACCCUUUAAUACUGACGGGACCAAUAAGGAGAACAUACUGAUUGCAUAUGUGCCUUCGGGACAGUAUGUUGGUAUCAAGCUGUUCCAUGCAAGGCCAACCAACUUCAAAAAUGAGAGUUCUAAGCUGAAAUGGGACAAGCAACAGGCGGUGAAUGCCAUCACGCUGAAAUUGCAAUUAGAGCGUGGUCAGAUAACGGCCCAAUCUGUGGCUGCACAGCUUAUUAUGGAGUUACAUUUGAACGAUGAAGAGAAGGAGCUCUUGGACAAGGAAAGGGAGCUUGAUGAAAAGAAAUCACGACUGCAAUUCCUGAAGACGGAAGUGAAAAUGAUGGAAUUGGACGCGAAAAUCAAAACUUGCCUUUGUUUAGAGAAGGCGGACACUGAAAUGUGUCUGAAGUUGUUGGACGAGUUGAUAGAACUGGAAACCAAGCCCCUCAUGCUGCUCAAGCACCCCGCGUGCCUGGAGACCGUGAAACGCAUGCGCGCGUACGUGGGCAACACGGCCUCGUGGGGCCUUAGCGAGGCGGAGGCCUUCCGCUUCAGCAAACACGCGCAUCGAAUACGGAAGCAGGCGGACGUCAUCUACAAUAACAUGAAGAGACUCUUCUCGACCCCCGAAGGUCUCUCCUUCUUCGAGUACUUCACCGAAAGAGCGGCGCUCUUCAAACAGAUCACCGGCAAAAUGUCCCAAGAGGCCGUCAUGGAGAUGGUCCACGAACCCAUAGAAAUGUCACAGCCGACAUCUCACACUAUGAAGUCAGCCGUUCAAUCGGCGAAUGACAUCACCAGCUCAGUAGACGGUCAGGCGAAGCAGACCGGAAAAGCCAAGAAGAUUGCGAACACACUGACUAAGACGCCGAUGAAGAAGAAUGCGAAGAAGCAAGAGCAGAAGACGCCAGAGGAGAAGAAAGCCGAGGAGGAUGAAAAUGAAGCUGAGAAAGAAGAGGAGAGCGAGAAGGAAGAGACAAAAGCGGAGGAUGAGAACGCAAAAGACGAGGAAGAAGAGAACAAAGACGUAGAAAGCACGGAGAAAGAAGACACUUCGAUUGGCACAAAAACGGAGGCCAAUGAAGAAAUUAUAGACUUAGAUAAGGAGACAGCAGACACGGCAGAGAAGGAUAAAGAAGAGAAAGUGGAAAAGAGAAAAUUGAGCACAGAUUCGAAAUCGAGUUUAGAAGAAAAGGAAGAGGAGCCCAAAGCUAAGAGAACGAGAGAGAGCAAGAAGACUGAUCAACCACCUCCGAAAUCUCCUGGGAAAAGAAAAUCAAAAGCUUGAAUCUUGAAUAAUUAUUUCACUAUCACUCAGAGUCGAUCAAUAAUGUUAACGAUUACUUAAGUUUACAUUUAAUUGAGCAUAUGAAGACUAUAAUGAACGACUUUGAGUCUAAUUAAGUAUAUAAAGUAAUAUUAUAGUAUUGUAAUAUAAUAAAGCGUUCCAUUUACGGAUCGUUAUUCUAACGGAUUGGUUUAUAAACUAAUUUUAAAUAUUCCAUUAUAAUGACACUAGUGUUAAGUGUCUUAUGUGGGUUUCACUUGGAUUUCAAAAAUAUUCAUAUUAAGAAUAUCCUUUUUAAUUAAAUUAAAUAUAAAUGACUCCGAAGGGAAUAACAUAUAAUAUUAUUAUGUUUUACAAUUCACAUUUAAGUGACUUUCCUGUACAUUAGAGCAUUAAGUACCAUAGUACAUAAAUCAUGUAAUUGGUGAAGUUAUAUUAAUAAAGAUA